AUGAAAAGAGCGGGAUCCCUGAGAGUGGUUCGCCGCUUCAUUUUUCACCGUCUCACAAAGGUGUACCAGGGCGAAGCCAUUCGUCAGCUUGGCGGAUAUGAUUUCCCGAAACCGACAUGUGCUGAUUUCUUCUGCUCCUAUCGCCGCGGCGCCCACAUCCACCCUGCCGCUACGGAUGUUUUUGUUAAGGCUGGCCAUGGUGCAGGCAUGCCCCCUGGGCCUCAUUUAAGCGCGACGUGCUGCCAUCUGAUGACGCGUAAUUAA